AUGCAAAUCUCAACUAUCGCAGCCUUAUCUGCUUUGGCAUCCAUUGCCGCUGCAGAUUCUCGUAGCAAGGACACGAAGACAACUAGUGAAACUGUUUCUCGCAGCAGCAAGAACCCUAAGACAACAACUGAAACUGUUUCACACAGGACCACUACUAUGGUUACUAUUACUGAGUGUUCCGGCAAUACCUGUACUGCCAAGACAUCUCCAGCUUUAGUUUCUACUGCUACAUUAACAAUUGACAACACCAUCACUGAAGUAACUACCUUUUGUCCAAUUUCAACAACUACAGUUACCUCACCCACAACAGUGGUUCCUCCUCCGUUGACUAGUGAAAUGACAAUUUUCAGAAACUCCACUACUUCCCCACCUCCAACCUCCAGAGGUACUACUGUAACCUCUGAGACUACUGUGGUUACACCAGUUACUACCCCUCCAGUUAGUACUUUCACUGGUGGUGCAAUGUCCAACAAUGCUUUGCCAUAUGCAGGAGCAAUUGUCGCAGGGGCUGCAGCUUUGUUGUUGUAG